GAAUUCUAACCAUACUCCAUUAAAAGAGCAAGAAAUGGGAAAAUGGGAGUGAUGAUAGGAAAAAUAGAAUAAAAUAAAAAAUGAGCUCAUUUUACACAAAACAUUUACAUAUCGUCAUAUCAUUAUUGACAAUUUUGGCAUUAGUUGCUAUCAUAUUUCAAUCAAAAGACACAAACCCUUUGCCUAAUUUCUUCUAUUUUCCAUCAUCUUCUUUGAUUUGGCCUACAAGUCGUGAUAGUGUUGUUAUUGAUCAUGGAAUCACAUCAACAACAUUUGAUUCUUUGGCGCAUUCUCUUGCCGUUAUUCACAAUUCUUCUUCUUUAUCAAAAUCAGAGGAGAAAAGGCAAAGAGUAAUGACUAAAUUGCGUGAUGAGAUUGAUAAAGUGUUAAUUGGGAGAAAGAAAGAUGAAAAGAUAGAGAAUAUGGAAGAAGAAUUAACAAGAGCAAGGGUUUUGACAAAACAAGCCUUUGAAAGUUUUAGGAAUACUUCCAGCAUUAUUUCUCUUGAAGAUGAUGUGCAGCCUCAUGUCAACAUAUACAAGAAUGCUUUUGCCUUUAAACGGAGCUACUUAUUAAUGGAAAAAAUGUUCAAGAUUUAUAUCUAUGACGAAGGGGAGCCACCCUUAUUUCAUCAUGGUCCAUGUAGAAGCAUAUACUCCAUGGAAGGCAUCUUCAUAAAUUUGAUAGAGAAAAACAAUCAAUUUAUAACGAAAAAUCGAGAUGAAGCUCAUGUUUAUUUUCUUCCCUUUAGUGUUGCAAUGAUAAUCGAACAUCUCUUUGAUCCAAUUAUCCGCGACAAAGCAGUUUUAGAGCGCACAGUUGUUGAUUAUGUGAGCAUAAUAUCACACAAGUACCCUUAUUGGAAUAGGAGUCUUGGAGCCGAUCACUUCAUGCUAUCUUGCCAUGAUUGGGGGCCGCGAGCAACAUGGUACCAUCCGCUACUGUAUUUCCAUUCAAUUCGAGCAUUAUGCAACGCAAACACAUCCGAGAAUUUCAAUCCAAGAAAAGAUUUAUCAAUCCCUGAAAUCAAUUUAGCAACUGGGGAAUUUGCAGUUCCAAUCCAAGGAUCAGUCCCUUCAGAUCGUAACAUCCUUGGAUUCUUUGCAGGGCGGAUGCAUGGCCGUAUUAGGCCUGCACUCCUUAGUUACUGGAAGGGUAAAGAUGAAGACCUGCAAGUUUAUGAAGAACUUCCUAAGGAUAAAUCUUAUAGCGAAAUGAUGAAGAGAAGCAAGUAUUGCCUUUGUCCUAGUGGUUAUGAAGUUGCUAGCCCCCGAGUUGUGGAAGCCAUCUAUGCUGAAUGUGUCCCAGUUUUGAUCUCCCAGAAUUACAUUCUUCCUUUUAGUGAUGUUCUUGAUUGGACCACAUUUUCAGUCCAAGUUUCACUUACUGAAAUUCCAAAUCUUAAGAAAAUACUCAUGGAAAUACCUUAUGAAAAGUACUUGCAAAUGCACGAGGGAGUGAGGCAAGUACAAAGACAUUUUGUAAUGAACGAUCCUCCUAAGAGAUUCGAUGUUUUUCAUAUGAUCAUUCAUUCAAUUUGGCUGAGACGGCUGAAUGUACGCAUUCAUAGUUGACAUAAAUCCAAGUUAUACUCAUAAUUUCUACGCA